AUGUUGAAAGAGAAAGGCGUCGAUGUUCGAGUCGUUCUCCGUUGCAGGCCAUUUACCGAAGAAGAGUCGAUCAUCCAUGAGCCGCCGGCGGUGACCUGCACUGAGGACAAAGUAGCAGUCUCUCCAGACGACAGUCCUAGGGUUUUCACGACAAAGAAGGCGUCCGGUCUUGAGGAGGUUUUCACCUUCAACAAGGUUUUUGGCCCUUUGGCUCCACAAAUUGACAUAUUCAAAGCUGUAGUUCCGAUUAUUAAUGAAGUAUUCGAGGGAUUCAACUGUUCGAUUAUGUCAUAUGGAUACAUGAAUUCUGGAAAAAGCUACACGAUGAACGGACAGUAUGAGAGGUCAAAGAUUGGAUGUAAUGGGGAGUUGCCUCAAAAAGCGGGUGUCAUACCUAGAGCUGUGAAGCAUAUUUUUGACAAGUUGGAGCGUCAGACUGCCAAGUGCACUGUUAAAGUCACUUUCUUAGAGUUGUAUAGUGAGGAGAUCACUGACUUGCUCGCCCCUGAGGAGAUAUCUAGGAUUCCGGUGGAGGAUAGGCAGAAAAAACAGUUGCUUCUCGUCGAAGAUGGGAAAGGUUGUGCUCUCGUAAAAGGAUUAAAGGAGGAAAUUGUGACAAGUGCUGGUCAGGUUUUUGAUCUACUUGAAAGAGGGUCUGCAAAACGUCACACUGCUGAAACUUUAUUAAACAAACGAUCUCGUUGGUCGCAUACCCUUUUGUCAAUAACUAUACACACUGUGGAAGCAACCCCAGAUGGUGAAGGGAUUAUUGAAUGUGGCACGUUGAAUCUGGUGGAUUUAGCUGGUGCUAGAGAGGGUCAUACAAGCGAAGUUGGAGUGAUAAACAAAAGCUUUUUCACUCUUGGACAAGUUAUUAGUGCUCUUGCAAAGCAUCUUAAGUCCAUCCCUUACAGGCAUAGUAUGCUUACUCGUCUGCUUCGCGAUUCAUUGGGAGGAGGAACGAAGACAUGCAUCAUUGCAACAGUGUCGCCUUCGGUACAGUGUCGGGAGGAGACAUUGAAGACAAUAAAAUUUGCAUAUAUGGCAAUGACCGUUAACAAUGUGCCAAAGGUUAAUGGUCGAUUUUCUCAAUUAGCACUAAAGAGGUCAAUGGACAAUGUUUUCAGCAAUGACCUGAUUUUGUUUAAAAUCCUAUGCUAUGUGGACAAUUGUCCUUCAAUGGCCUUUGCACGGACGGUGCGCAAAAAUUGGUGCAGCACCCUUCACUGCAUUGAGCAGAGAGGAGGCCUUAUUGGGCCUCCAAUCUGUUACUCAUUGGUUUUUUUGGCGAAGGCUCUCCUCACGAGAGAGUUAGAGUCCCUUCUUCUCGAGGGAGAGAAGGCUGGAGAUGGCUUGAGGAGGUUGGCUCAUGUGAUGCUACAAAAAAAACUGCGACAAACCCUGCUAGCAAUUGAUAGACUUCCCGGAUUCAAGAAGCCAAGUGUGAAUGUUGCUCAAGCUAAGCUCCAACUACAAGCACCCCCAACUGUGAAUGUCUUAGAAUGUUGUUUACUGUUAGUUGAAUAG